UCUUGGAAUAAUAUGAACUUGGAUCACAAGUGCCAAAGGUUAGUGUGGAGACAGCUAAGCUGCAGACAACUGCAGGGCCAAUGGAGACUCUUAGGGGAAGCCAGCCAUUGGGCUUCCUCUGCCUUGUCUUGCUGUUAGGGGGGCUUACUCCCCCUAGCGUUGCUCAGUACCAGUGGUGGCCUUUUGCAAAUCCUAAGGCUAUGACCACACCUGCUAUGAUUCCACAAGAGGCAAAAACUGAUGUGAAGCAGUUUUCUAUGCCUACAGUCCUAAGUAGUUCCAUUACUCAUAAUGCACCAGAUACAACUGCACAGGAAGCUACCACUACUGAACAGAUUCUGGAUUUGACAAGUUCAUCAGGUAUAACAAAGGAAGACGCUUUUGAUAAUAGCCUUCCUGUUUCAACCUUCUUUGAGGGCAGCGCAGAGGAAGAAGAGUCUGAAUUCCUAACGGUCCAGACAACUUCAAAAGUCCUCAUGACUUCAGAUCAGCAGUCCUCUACCAGAGGGGAUUUUAUGGCAAGACCAAUUAAUAUUACUUCACAGUGUGUCUGUCCUGCAAUACCUGGUCCACCUGGUCCAAAGGGAGCAAAGGGUGACCAAGGUCCACCAGGAGAAAAAGGACUAACUGGAAAAAUUGGACCAACUGGCAAACCUGGCUAUCCUGGCCUUCCAGGGCCUCCGGGAUUACCAGGACCAGCAGGUCCACCAGGUCCACCAGGUCUAUCAAGUUCAACUCUUCCUAAUAUAAGAGACUUCACUGAUACCAAGGACGAAGAAGAAAAGAGAGUCAGUUUUGUAGAAGGGCCUCCUGGUUCACCAGGUUUACCUGGUCAUCCAGGUCAUCCAGGACCCCAGGGAUACCCAGGACCUGAAGGCCCCCAAGGUCCCCCUGGCCUCUCAGGACAUGAAGGCCAGCAGGGGGCUCCAGGGCUUCCUGGGUCUCCAGGCCAGCCUGGUCCUCCAGGAGCCCCAGGAGCCCCAGGAAUUCCAGGGCCAGUGGGGCCAGAGGGUCCUCCAGGAGUCACCGGCCCUGAAGGUCAUGCAGGAAUUCCAGGCCAGGUUGGACUACCAGGAUUAUCAGGCUUCCCUGGACCGGAAGGUCCUCCAGGAGCAAAUGGAUCUCCCGGAAAGAAUGGAGCAAAGGGGGAGAAAGGAGACCACGGUGAACCUGGGUUGCCAGGCAAACCAGGACAGACUGGAGAAAAGGGAGCACAGGGCCCACCCGGGCCUAUAGGUCCUCCCGGCUUACCUGGUGAUAAUGAGGGUGAAAAGGGAGAACCAGGAAAAGUGGAAUGUAGCAGUUGCUGCAAGGAGGCAAGAAAUGACAUUGAUUCUUGGGUAGCUUUUGUCUUCCAAAAGAAAUUCAAAGAAGACCUAGAGAUGUAUGGUCCCAACCACGGACCUCCAGGCCUCCCAGGAAAGCCUGGCCCUCCAGGCCCUCCUGGACCACCCGGUGUACUUUAUAUAAAUAGAGUGUACCCAGUCCGACCCAGGCCACAUUGCAAGCAACCGGUGAACCAGGAUCCAUGUUUUGAUUCAGAUAUAGAGCCCCCUAUGAAGGAUUCUCCCUACAAAAGCCAGAAUGGAUAUAAGCAUCCCACCUGGACCUUCAAUUCAAAAGAGAUGAUGUUGAAAUCUACUUCCUCCAUUCCUGAAGGCAGUUUGGUCUACAUCACUGAAGAGGCUGAAGGUUUCUUCAAGACCUCCAAAGGAUGGAAAAAAAUUCUGAUGGAGGAUUCUGCACUUCUAUUUGCAGCUGAUGACCCUUUGGUGCCUAUGGAAAAUGAUCAGGUUCAGCUUGAUGAAAUAAACAUAACAGUUCUGACAAUUGCACCAACUAGUGUCCCCCAGAGGAUUCCUUCACUCCGCCUAGUGGCACUAAAUUUCCCUUUGACUGGUAACUUGAAUGGGAUUAGUGGAGUGGACCUACAGUGCCAUCAGCAGGCACAAGAGGCAAAGCUGCAAGGAACUUUCCGAACCUUCCUGUCCGGAAAUACCCAAAGCCUUAUCUCAGUUGUAAAGAGAACAGACAGGAAUUUGCCACUUGUUAACCUUAAGGGUCAGCUAUUGGCAAAGAGCUGGAAUUCCCUCUUCACUAAACAUGGAAUUUCUGAUUUCAACCCCAUGGAGUACCCCAUCUAUGCCUUCAAUGGGCUGAAUGUCAUGACAGACCCUACAUGGAUCUAUAAAGCUGUCUGGCAUGGCUUGGCGCUUCAGGUGAACCACUCCAAAUCUCAAGACUGUGAAAACUGGAGAAAAGCAUCCCAAUAUUUAAGAGGACAGGCCUCUAUUCCACUUAAGGGUAUAUUCCUCCUGGAGACCAGCUGGAGAUGCUCAGAUUCCCUGAUAGUUUUGUGUGUGGAAAAUACUUUUGAUAUUAGCACCUAGGAGAAACAUCAUUAGUCUGGCAGGGAACAACAGAAGGCCUUAGUUACCAUCCAGGUUGGAACAGAUUGAAUGAAAGAGGCCCGUGCAUUAAGGUAUUAGGAUGCAAAGCACAUGCUGAGAAAAGAAUUGUGUAAAGAAGCAAGGCCACCCAUUAUCUUACUGCAAGCUGCCAGAACUGCUUGUCUUUUGGUCUCAGUAUAUAGAUAGAGACGAUUUUAAAAUAUUAUAUUUGCAUAUACAUAUAUAUUCAUAUAUACAUUUCUUGGUCAAAAUAUGACAUUCAUUAGUCAUGGUUAUGUUUAAGAAAUAUUAAGUGCCUUUAUUUCUAUAAAAUUCCUGAAAAGGGAAUUCUGUGGUAUCUGACAAAGAGAGGUCUGCAGAUGGGUUAAUAGCACACGUACACUCUUUAAUAUCAUGGAGCUGUUACUUCAAAAACUAAUGAGAUAAAUAAUCUAAAUAUUCUCUUCCCAAAAAACAUAGCAUGUAGAGAAAGCAGUGUUUCUCAGCCUCAGCAACUUUAAGAUGUGUGGAUUUCAACUCCCAGAAUUUCCCAACUAGCAUGCUGGCUAUGGAAUUUGGGAAAUUGAAGUCUAUGUAUCUUAAGGUUGCUAAGGUUGAGAAACACUGACUUAAAAUAUUAUUGGUCAAAUUAACAUAUCUGGAAAAGAGCCAAAGAAAGAGCUUUUGUAAUCAUCUCUGUAGAGUAUAACUUAGUUUAUAACAAUAAUAAAGUUGGAACUAUACUCUUGUAUGUAAAUCUCCAAAAAAAUACAUUAAUGGCAUGCAAAAGUGGUGUCCAUGAUAUUGACUCAAAUUUUAGGCUUCAUUAUUAACAUUAAAAGGUGUUAUUAGCACUUUUGACAUGGCAGUCUGGACUUCUUUUUUAAUUUCUCUUCUGAGUCAAGGCCAUUUGUUUCAUAUGUGUGAGAACUUGCUUUUUCAGCAACUACACAUUAGAAACAUAUUCUGAAAGUCCCUAAAUACACUUGGAAAUUUUGAGAAAGAUACAAACCCAGCUGGAAAGAGUAACGUAACCCAAAGGUUUGCCACUUGUGGAACGUUGUCUAGAAUCAAUGUUUUCUAUUGUUCAGGUCUUACAUGUAACCAAUAUUUUUAUUGCUUUCUGAUAUAUUAUAUAUACUAAAUGUAUGUAUCAUUUGUUUUUGUACUGCAGAAUCUUGACUCCCCUUAAUAAAUGCUUUUGCUUUGCAUAAA